UAAGAAAAAUAUUGUGAAAGGGUAUGCUUGUAAAUUCGUUGUAAAGUCAAAAUCAACCGGUCUGGUCUUUUAUUGGCUUCAAAACCUUCUGGAUAACAUGAAUGUGUGAAGAGGAGAGGAGCAGCUGCCAGAACCUCAAAACUAAGCAAUCAAAUUGCUGACAUUAGAUUUCAAGAAUCCUCACUUGAUACUGAAGUUGAAAUCUAUUGAGGAUGAAUUCUUCUUGUUUGAUUGGGGAUAAGUGCCUCCACUCAUCUUCCAAUCUUACAAAACCAUUAUCACAGCAUAAACAGCGAUCAAGGAAGACUGUUGUAUUGGCGUCAAAUGAGGAGUUUUCGGGUACAAGGCGUGUUAUUUUGGGGAGUGCUGGAGCGUUGUUGCUUCCAAUUUUGACCUUUGAUAUUGGGUUAACCCCAUCACUAGUUAGGGCAGAAGAGAAGAUAAACCCGAAAGACCUAAAUGAGGAUGAUGGGGAUAAAGGAAUUUUGGAUGGGAUGAAGUCCUUGUUUGAUCCAAAUGAAAAAACGAAGUCGGGGAAAGUGUUGCCAAAGGCGUACUUGAAGACUGCGAGGGAAGUUGUGAAGACUUUGCGUGAAUCGGUGGAGGAAGAUCCGAAAGAUAAUGCCAAGUUUAGACGGACUGCAGAUGCUGCAAAGGAGUCUAUUCGUGAGUAUUUGAGCAAUUGGAGAGGCCAGAAAUCAGUGGCGUCUGAGGAAUCUUAUAUGGCACUCGAGAAAGCAAUUAGGGCAUUGGCUGGCUUCUAUUCAAAGGCAGGUCCUUCGGCCCAGCUUCCUGAAGAUGUGAAAUUGCAAAUUCUGGAUGAUUUGAACAUUGCAGAGUUAUCUCUAUAGUAUAGUAUUUCCUCAUCUGUAUCGAGUUCAUUUCUUGUGAACAACUAUUACUCCAACCCUGUUAGAGCCUGGGACUAACAAACAGAAAGGCCAUGUAACUUUAGGCAAUGUUUGUGAUAUCACCAGUGCAAGAACAUUUCCAGUCAUUUCUUGUGAACAACUAUUACUCCAACCCUAUUAUAGCCUGGUACUAACAAACAGACUGGCAAUGUAACUUUAGGCAAUUUUUGU